UUUGAACUUACAAUACAGCGGCUUAAAAAUUUUUCCAAGUCUUCCGAACGGAUGUGAAUAACUAUUUUCUGUAUUUUAAUCAUUCUAAUGGCUCAUCCAAAAAUCCCAUAACUCGGUAGUCAGGAACUGAAUGGCUACAGAGUGCUGCUGAAAGAAAUUUCCCUUGCGUGUUGAGCGCAUAAAAAGAUGUCUUCUUCUUCGACCAUUAGAGCUUUCGGCUCAUUACUCGUCAAAUUUUCAAAUGGGUUUUCUCUUAAACCUCCCAACCACCACUUUCACCAUAGAAUCGGUGUUUUGAGUCUAGAGUUGUCAUCUCCUACCUGCAACUCAUCUUCUGGCACAUGGGCUUUAUUUCCUAAGCUUAAAUUUGGGAAUUCUGAUAGAAAGAUCUCGACCUGCACUCCUUUAUAUAUGGGUCGGAGAUCCUGUAAAAUUGCGGGCAGAAAGACAGCCCAGGAUGCUAAGAAGGCAAAACUAUAUGCACGAUUUGGAAAAGAAGUUGUAUCCGCGGUUAAGAAAGGUGGCUCAAGUCCGGUAUCUAAUACAGCAUUAGCUGCUUUGUUUGAGAAAGCAAAGGAGCUUGAUAUACCCAGGGAUAUUAUAGACCGAAACAUCAAGAGAGCUUCAGAGAAGGGUCAAGAAGCCUACAUUGAAAAAUUUUACGAGGUUUAUGGCUAUGGCGGAGCUGGAAUGAUUGUUCAGGUGUUAACAGAUAAAGUGAACAGAUCUGUGGCGGCUAUUAGGGAGGUUGUGAAGGACUAUGGAGGGAAAAUGGCGGAUUCUGGUUCAAUCAUGUUCAAGUUCAGACGUGCUCGUGUUGUGAAUAUAAAUGCUAAAAAUGUCGACAAAGAUAAACUUCUUGCUAUUGCUCUAGAUUGUGGUGCAGAUGAUGUCAUUGACCCCUUGAUUGAUGAAGAUUAUAUGGAAGAAGAUUUGGAAAGGCACUACAAAGUAGUGAGUUCGCUGGAAAACUACGCUGACGUAUUGUCAAAACUACGGGAAGAGGGAAUAACAUUUGAAACUGAUAAUGGGUUCGAGCUUCUUCCCUUAUCACCUAUCGAGGUUGAUGAUGAGGCUAUGGACUUGAACAAGGAGUUGAUGGCUAAACUGCUUGAGCUGGAUGAUGUUGAUGCAGUGUAUACAGACCAGAAGUAAUUUUAUGGACCCUAUUAUUUGUUUUUCCAAAUUAUUUGGCUGCUGAGAAUUUCAAACCGAGAGUUUGCAGCUUUCUACCAAGAGUCGAGUCCAAGGUAAUCAAGCCUCUGCUAUAGAAGAAUUACAAUUAUUCUACAUGUUAUAGAGCAAAACACAUUAGAUAGUGUGGGUAACAAUUUAUCUGUGGUCUAACCCUUCAAUGUUAUUCAGCUUACAGUCGAACAUGAGGGGAAGAUUAAAAUUUCCAUUUUUGUCUCUCGUCACGGGUUUAUUAACUCCCAACUACUUAUUGUCAUUCCAUUUGGCCACAGACCUUUAAAUUAUGCCUGGUUUACCAUUUGAUCUUUUUCUUUUUAUUGUUAUUAUGAUUAUGAUUUUUGUCUAGCCAGGGGAUAAGAAUAAAACCUUAAAUGCGUUUUUUCAUCUUCAUUUUGUACAUCGAUAUUCAGGGGAACAUAAAUUAUAGAGAUCACUCUUCAACUACCUAGUACUCAU